AUUGAACAUGGUGCAGACGUCAACGCUAGUGACAAGGUCGGGAAUACUGCAUUGAUGCACGCUGUUGAUAUUAAGAGCGAGGAAUGUUGUCGAACUCUUAUUGAACAUGGUGCAGACGUCAAUACUGGUGACACGUACAGUAAGACAGUAUUGAUGUUCUCUGUUGAGAACGACAAUGAAGAAUGUUGUCGUACUCUUAUUGAACAUGGUGCAGACGUCAACGCUAGUGACAAGGUCGGGAAGACUGCAUUGAUGUACGCUGUACGGAACAAUAGUGAGAAAUGUUGUCGUACUCUUAUUGAACAUGGUGCAGACGUCAACGCUAGUGACAAGGUCGGGAAUACUGCAUUGAUGCACGCUGUUGA